CCACAAUUAAACUACCAAUAACUCAGUAUCACAUGUGUGACCGUUUUACUUCUCUUCCUCUGUCUCUGAAUCUCAUUACAUUGGGUGGUGAACAUCAAAGGGUUUCUCAAUUUCCAUAAAAAACGAAGAAAAAUGGGAAGAAUCUUUGCAGUGGAGUUAGAGGGUAGGUCUUAUUGUUGCAAGUCCUGCAAAACCCACCUGGCCCUUUUUGAUGCUCUCAUCUCUCGGGCAUUUUAUUGCCAGCGGGGAAAAGCAUACCUCUUCAAUAACGUUGUGAACUUCACCAUUGGAGCUCUAGAGGACAGACUGAUGCUUUCGGGACUGCAUACCGUGGCAGAUAUUUUUUGCUGUCGCUGUGGUCAAAUAAUUGGCUGGAAAUAUGAGUAUGCGCAUGAGAAGAGCCAAAAGUAUAAAGAGGGGAAGUUUGUCCUUGAAAGGGGAAGGAUUGUUGAGGAAACUGAUAUCUCCACUGAAUUCUAUAUUGACGGCUGUGUCAGCAUUAGUGAUGCUGAAGAUGCUUCAGUAUAUUAAAAUUUUAUGUACUUUUGUUCGGAUCAGGUGAAAUAAUGCACUGCUUUUUUUUUUUUUUUUAUGUGAUAAAAAUAAGGUAUAACCGUGAAAAUGUUAAAAUCAAAGUAAGUUUAUUGUACUGUUUC